AAUGGCUAACAUCUUGAUGUUCUUUGAUUUUGCUGCACGUUUAGGCAGCUGUUUCUUCUCUUCAUCUCAUUCUCCUUAGCUGUGGAAGCACUUUAUCCAUUUAUCCAAGAUGAAUCUGAGCACAACAGUAGCAAAUUUGUUGGUGAAUCUCAUUGGCGUUUGGUUCUUCAGAAAUUAUGCUCAAAAUAAUCAUGUAUAUAGAAAGGCUGAAGAUAUGAAUUACCACUUAGUUUGCUUACCUGUUCUUGCAGAUUCCAUUCGCAGGUUUAAUUUUAGCUUCGUGGUUUUUGUCCCUUGGGGUCAACAAUGCUGAAGUUUUAUGUUUGGGAUUAGUUUCAGUAGCAGUCUUCAUGCUUGUCAUGUCUCUCUUCAAAGCUACUGGGGGUGUAUUGCCUCAAAUGGCACCACAGCGUUGAGCAAAUGCUGGCAGCAGGUUCUCUCUUUUCCAACAAAUUUGUGUUUUUUAUUUGUAAUUUUCAUGUUUGAAAAUUCAAUUUCUGGUUAGAUUACCUCUUGUGAAGAUGUUACAGAAGUUUCCCAAGCUCACUUUUGGGAACUAGUACCUGGUCAUGCCAUUGGCUCAAUUUCACUACUGGUUAAGAAACAAAUGGAUGAUCGGCCAGUUCUUGAGAUCGUGCAUAAUUUGUUCCAUAAUUUGGGAACACAGCAAUUGACAGUGCAGACUGGUAAUGAAUGAGCUUCGACCUUUUUCUUUCUUCCCUUUUUUGAAGUCCCUGGAUUUCUACAAUGGCUGACUGAUGAGAAAACUUCAUAACUGGUUCAUAACUGGAAUCACUUUCUCAAUACUCGAUAAAAACAAACUUUGGAAAGGCAUAUUUUGGGAUAACUGGUUCAUAACUGGACCCUAAACUAGUUAACCUGAAAAACACAAAAACCCAGGAACCAAUUUGAACAAAAACGCUAAAAAAACAGACUU